GGUUCUAUCAUAGAUUGAUAGGGCGCUGGGGUGGGAGCGAUGGCGCUGCGCGAUUUGGUGACUGGAGCUGGAGGAUGCGUCGUCCCAGGCGAGGGCGCCUCGUCCUCUUCGAAUCCUCUGGCCAAUUUCGCCAGCUCCUUGCUGGGAUCGCUGCCAAAAGCUCAGGAAAGAGUACGUGAGCUUCCAACCAUUCCAACUUUCCAAGGCCCUGGACAGCAAUUGGAGUAUGGGAGCAGCUCCGCUGCAUCACUUCCGGGAACGGAGUUUCAGAAUGAAACUCAGCAUUCAGAGUUCAUGCGCGGGUUUCGUGAUGCCGAACCGGCUCCUUACGCUGAUGCUUGGAACGAAGCUACGCAAAGGGGAGAAGACUUGUCGAGGUUUUCAGAAUUCGAACGAAUCUAUGGCCAGAAACCGGGAGGAAACGUUCAGCAGCUACAUUACAUGGAUGGACCUCCGCAGCAUGCUCUAUCUGGUUUCCUUCGUUCAUUUUUCGCUAGCAGCAGAACAGAACUUCCUUUUCAUGCUGUUCGCCUGCCUGAGCUCGGAUUGUCAGGAUUCGACAAGCAACGCAUUCGCGAUCGUAGUAGUAUCAUGGCUAGGCAUUUCUUUGCCGAUAAAGGGGAAGAGUAUGUCAAUGCGCAGGUUAAUGCUUUCUUGGAAUCUUUGGAUAUAGAAGAUGGCGUUCGAGAAGUUCGAGAACCUUCCAAUAGAGCGUUUUCUGAGAUGGAAAAUUAUUGGGGCAACACCAACCAUGGUAAACAUGAGGAAUGGGUGCAAGAUUUCCAUCAACAAUAUCCUCAGAAGAAUUACUGGGCUGAAGAGUUUCAAUCACAACAUGAUGCUGACGGCUGGGCGGCGCAGUUCAGUGAGCAGCAGCAGUCUCUGCCUGCUAGGCACGCUGAUUUCAGAAACGUCAGCUCUUUAGAACAAACUCAGUCUCUUGUGGACACGCUGUCUAAAAAUGAAGAUCCAAAGUUCCAAAAUUCAAAGUUUUUGCACUUUGUGUCGCGAAUGAGUCGCGGUGAAUUGAUUGUAGAAGACAAUCAAGUGAAGGAGAACGCUGUUCCCAAUGCCUGGGCUCAAGAGUUCACACAAGUAAACCAUCCGGGAAACUGGGCUGCAGAGUUCACUGCUGGCGAGCACGCCAACGCAAACAGCUGGGCUGACGAGUUUGCUCAACAAGAACCUGGUGGGGCCUGGGCCGAAGAAUUUUCCAACAGGACGCAAAAGUGGGCCGACGAGUUUCAAGAGCAGGUGGAUGAUGGUGCGUUCGUGUCAGAGGACUGGCAAGAAAGUUACGAUAAGUUCGUGGAGGAACAACUUAGAGGGGAACAAAGUCGUUCCGCGUCCUCAAAGUGGACAUACGUUUUUGCUGACCAGAACCCAUAUGUCGGCCACCCGAAUCCCCUCAAGGAAGGCCAAGAGCUGUUCAGGAAGGGCCUGCUCAGCGAAGCUGUGCUUGCUCUGGAAGCGGAAGUGAUAAAAAAUCCAGAGAAUGCCGAGGGAUGGCGAUUGCUAGGGAUUACUCAUGCUGAAAAUGAUGACGAUCGUCAGGCAAUCGCAUCGAUGGUUCGAGCAAGAGACGCAGACCCCACCAAUCUGGAGGUUUUGUUAGCUCUUGGCGUUAGUCAUACUAAUGAAUUGGAGCAGCCUGAAGCCUUGAGAUAUCUAAGAGGCUGGCUUCAACACCAUCCAAAGUAUGGAAUACUUGUGCCUCAAGAGAAUGCCGAAAGUCUCACGCAAUCGGACGUUGCCCGAUUGUUUAACGAGGCAGCAGCAAUGGCACCAGAAGAUGGUGACGUCCACACCGUCUUGGGUGUUCUCUACAACCUCUCUCGGGAAUACUCCAACGCGAUACAGUCCUUCGAGACAGCUCUCAAGCUAAAACCCCGUGAUUAUUCCCUGUGGAACAAGCUGGGAGCUACGCAGGCCAACAGCGCACGAAGCUCCGACGCGAUAUAUGCCUACCAAGAGGCGCUAAAUCUAAAGCCAAACUAUGUGCGCGCGUGGUCUAACAUGGGAAUUGGCUACGCGAAUCAAGCCCAGUACCAGGAAUCCAUUCGCUACUACGUCCGAGCCUUGUGCAUGAAUCCCAAAGCCGACAACGCUUGGCAGUACCUUAGAAUGUCACUCAGUGCCACCAGGACAGAUCUUCUCGACGCCUGUGACAAGCGUGACUUGGAAACAUUGCAAGCGGAGUUUCCUCUGUAAAAACGACGAAGACAACAUUCUUCCUGCGCUUUGAUCUAGUCCGUUUCGUGCAUAAAACGUGUAAAAUCAAUUCACUUCCAACGUAAUUUGAAGAUCGGCUUUCGUCUCACUAUCA